GGCCUACUUGUGAUAUUUUUUCAUGUUCAGACUUGAAUUUUAGACUAUUUUACUACAGUGAUAUUUCAGCUCACCUUAGCAGAGGGUAAAAUUGUGAACUAUUGAGAUUGGAUAAUGUCUGUUGUUUGUGCUUGAAUAUUUGUCAGUGUGAUUGAAAAAAACCCAUAAAAGUUACAGUAUGAAUAUGACGUUAUUCUAGCAAGGACAUUACGAGUAAAGGGACGUAACACGAAUGUAAAAUGGAGACAAUGAAGUAUGCAGUGGUGUACUUUAUCUUAACAUAUGAUUACACUUUUUGUACCAGUGUACAUGAAAAUCAAGACACACGGUCAAGUUGUAGAAGCUAUGGACGUUGUUACAACCCGAACUAUUGCGAUGGUCUUCUAUCGCCCCCUAAAUGUUCACAGAAGCAUUUAUUAAACAAGUUAGAGUGUUUAUCAGCCUUGCUAGAAGAUAAAUCAAAUGAUAGCGAUUGGUCAGAUACAAUAAAAGAUUUAACAGAGAACGUAACCUUGAUGGUUAAUCAGAUAGGUGAUUUUACAAAAAAAAUAGUCGAAAUUAAAAAGAUGUGUAAGAAAACAAAAUCUGAUUUGAAAGAUAUUCUGAUAUCAUACUUCACAGAGAAUGUCAACUCUCUUACUGUAAGUUACAAAGACUUAAAGGAGAAACAAGAUGGUUUAGAAAUUAAAAUGUCCGAGUUAAAACAGUAUCGCGAAGACACUGAUAAAGCAUUAGAAUCACUUAGAUACGAAUUAAAACAUAUAAAAGAUAACUUUAAAUCGUUUAUGUUAAAAUCACAAACGGGACACACGAACAGGGAAGAAGGGAUUCUGACAAGCGAUGAUGAAGAGAAUAGAACAAUAGAUAGUUCAGAAUCAAAGUUGAAAGAAUCAUGUGUAAAGGAAAUCAAGAAAACGAGAGAAACAAUAAAUGAUUUAGGAAAUAAAUUACUGGCGAAUCAGGAACAGCUGAAAGAAUAUGCGAAACAUGAAGAAAGAAUUGAAACAAAUAAAGAGGACCUUGAUGUCAUUCAACCAAAUACGUUUAUUAAAG